GCUUCGCCCAGCACCUUAAGUUUUCAAGAGCCAAGCUUGCUGGUGAGUCGUGAUGAAACAGCACAAGACUACACCCUGAGUGAAUUCAUGUUUUGCAGCUUCAAAAUUUUGACUCAUUCGAUCACAUUUCUAAUCAAAACUAAGCUCACAGGUUUUGUCAGCCUUGCACAGCGAACACAGACCAGUGUGACAGUGUCUCUAUGUAGACUGAUCUCGGGGGCAGUGGGGUGUUUCGCGGCACUUACGAUGAUCUUGGUUGUUGCCAAUUUGACAGUCGAAACUUAGUUCAGCAACUUCAGCUUGUCCUUGAGGAACAUUUUCGACUAUAAUCAUGAUAUCUUUGCCCGAAGCUUCGCUUUUAGCGUUAUUCCUAGAGACUUUGUUUUACGGCGUGUUCUUCACUUUUUACUGGUUGACCCUGGGCACACUGCUCAAGAAGUAUGGUAUUCAACGGGACCUCCUUCUCCCGGUAGCAACCUUGCUGCUUUGCAUUGCAACGGCUCAUCUAAUUAUCGAUUUCAUUCGAGCGCUAGAGGCGUUCGUUCUCAACGUGGAUACAAUCGGCGCGGAUGCCUACUACUCCAACCUCGCUUCGCCAUUGGAACUCACAAAAACCGCACUUUACAUUACGCAGCCCACUGUCGCUGAUAGUGUCCUUAUUUGGCGAUGCUAUGUGCUCAACAAUAGAAGCCUCUUGGUCGGCAUUCCUGGUUGUAUUGCGCUGUUGGCCAAUGGAGCGAUUGGGUACUAUAUUGUCUGGUGCCUUUCUCGAACCGUCACAGGGACGAGUGUUUAUACCACCAUUCCUGGGUUGAUCACAACCUUCUACAUAUUGACCAUGCUUAUCAGUAUCGUUUGCACUACUUUGAUUUCCUGGCGCAUCUGGCGCAGUCGCCGUUGCAUCUCAGGCGGCUCCGCUGAUCUUUUACCCGUGCUGAUCGUCAUCGUCGAAGGCGGUGCUAUAUAUGCUACCAGCGUCCUGGCACUCCUUCUAGCAUUCUUGACGGGAUCAAACGGCCAAUACCCCGCGAUGGAUAUUGGCCCUCCUGUUGUGGGAAUCGUAUUCUGCCUCAUCAUCCUGCAAGUACACUUCCGGGUAGGUAACAACCCCCAACCCAGCAGCCCAUCAAAAUCCUUCACCAAUCUCUUUGGAGAACAAGGAGAGCAGAACGUGGGCUAUGUCAUAGAACGGAUGAUUGAGGAGACAGAUCAUUCAGUUUGACGUGCCAACGACUCUCAGGAGAUGACUGUUGAAAGUUGGACCAAUGUCUAAUUUUGCGCGGGCGUAUGCUUACUAGUGUCCUUACAUCUCUCAUUAAUAUUGGUCUUCUGCUGCAAACCAGUCCAUGCCUGCCACCUUUCAA